AGUGAGAUGACGUUCGUUUGCUUUAAAAAAUUAGUCUUAAAUUAAAAAAGUACAGUGAAAUAUACAAGAUGAUGGAUUUAAAGGAAAUAAUAAAGUGGUUCAUACCUUGUUUUCACAUAUUGCUAAUAAAUAAAAGAGGACGAACAAAUGUUUAUAUGACUUUCGUGUGUUUGUUUUUAAUAUCCAACACGCGACCCGGUUACGGGGCAAAAGUAAAUAGUAUUAGUGACACAAAAAUUAGUUUUAAUAAUUUAAAUAAUAAUCAUAAUAAUUUAAUUGUUAAUAGAAACAGUUCUACAGUAAACCAAAGUGAAUAUAUUUCUAAUAAGAAUGUGGAACAGCGGGCAAUUGCAACAGACAAUUCUAUCGGGCGAACUUUCGGGCGACCGUUCAAGAAAAUGGCGGCGGCGUUGAUACCGCUAGUGUUCCAGAUGGGUGCUGCAGCGACCUGGGCGGUUGUUGCCGCGCUCGUUGGCAUCAAGACUCUCGGCGUCACACUCGUCAUUCUUAAACUGCUACUCAUUGCCGGCGCUGUCAAGAUCGGCGCUCUGUUCGGUCACAAGGGACACCACUCCAGCGGCUGGGAGCCUCCACCUCACUCGCCACAAAAAGAAAUUCAUCUGCACAUACAUAACGGCCAGCAUGGACACAGCGGCCCUGAUGAACACAUACCCUUUUCUUCGUGGAGCAGAGAUGGGACACAAAGUUCGUCAGAUACGAAACAAGUCAACGUAGUUUACGAACCGUACGUCGCUGGACCUCAGACAAUAAGUACGCCCUAUGGAAACUAUGUGAAAAUUUGAUUGAUUGUAAAAGCUGUAAAAGUAUUAUUAUUAUUAUAUUAUAUUAAGAGGCUUACUAUAGGAAGAUAAAGUUUAAGCAUAUUUAUUCGAAAUUUCAUGUGAUUAUUUCAUAGACAGAUUAUUUGCCAGUAGUUAGUAGUGCCAGGAUGUGGUAAAAAGAAGGUUCUUGAAUACAGUUAAAUGUUGAUUGUGUUCAUUCAUACUUUAAAAGAGUUUUUUUUAUUUAUUUCACAUUA